AUGUAUGACAAAAUAUAUUAUCAAGACGUAGAAAAUCAAUUUAUUACAAAUUAUUUAUUUUCAGAUCUUCAAAAAAAAGAAAAGAAUAAUAUCUAUAAUCUAUUACUUUAUUGUAUAAGAAGGUAA